AGCCUCAACUCAUCAGUCCCCCGUCACCACUCCAAGUUGUGCCAGGCCGAUCCGGGGAAAAAACACUCGGAACGUUUUAAGAAGCGGCUGUGCGUUAUCGGCGGUAAUUCAGUGCACUUGUGCUCGUCGUCGGUCGUGUGUGAUGUCGCGAGUGAAUGCGUGCUUCUAAUUACCCUUGUGUGUUCAGUGCUCUGUGGUCACCUCGGUUAGCGACCUCCUCUGGAUUCGACCCGGGUUAAUUCGUGUCGAAUGAAAGCUCUCUCGCGCCCUCUGCCAUCCCUUCGAAGAGUUCGAGGACUCAGCAACGACGCAAACGUCCUAUGCUCUUGUGCCAGGAUCAACGUACUCCCAUUGGUCAUUGGGGUCCUCUCCUUCCUUAGGCGUGGGCGGCCUUGGACGCGAUUCCCACCAAAAUGUGGGCCGAUUGGAGUCUCCAACGUUUACUCUGUCUUUUAUAUGGUGGGAAAAGCGGAGUAAUGAGCGUGGACAAAGCAGGGAAGAAGAAUGGAGAGAAGGAGACGAACAUCUCCCACAUCUCGGUCGACGCCAUCCGGAUCAACAUGGAGAAGGUGGCACCAUCCCAGGAGCCGGACAAGAAGUCGCCGCUGAAACGGAAGUCGGAGCAGCUCCCGGUCGACUUCCGGUCCGGCUACCCCUUCGGCAAGGAACAGGGGAACGGGGCCGGGACCCCCGAUGGCGGCCCCACCGGCGGCGCCGCCCUGGAGAGCGCCUCCGAGAAGAACUACGACACCUUCACCAGCUCCACCAACAAGUUCAUCGUCGACGCCAACAGCCGCUUGCCCGAGGAGGGCCACUUCAGCAUCGCCAAGCAGAUCGCCGUCCCCUUCCUCGUCUCCGGGUUCGGCAUGGUCGGUGCCGGUUUCUACCUCAAUUCUUUCGAGAAAUGGGAGGUGUUCAAAGCUCCUGGUAUUCCCGUCCUGAUUCCUGUCUUGCUCGGCUUAAAAGGAAACUUAGAGAUGACCGCCGCAUCCCGCUUGUCAACAGUGUUCCACGUUGGGAUUUCAAGUUAUAAGGAUUUUUUUAAAAUUAUUGUUGGCAACUUUUCGCUUGUCCAAGGUCAAGCACUUAGUGUUAGUUUGAUAGCAGCUCACACGGCUAUGUUCCUAUUAGCAAUCACAUCAGAUGAAGUGUCCACGGAAAUAUUGGAUCAUUUAAUUUUCCUAGUUGCUUCGGCGAUGGUAUCCGCAUCUUUGGCCAGCAUCGUUCUACAGUUUGUAACAAUGAAUGUGAUGCUCCUUUGUCGUUGGUUAAAAAUUAAUCCAGAUAAUGUGGCAACUCAGACUGUUGGAAGCCUGGGCGAUCUCGUAUCUCUCGUCUUCUUUUCUUCUGUUUCUGAUUUCAUUUUUAAAUCAGAUAAUGUUGUUUUCAAUUCUUUAAUUAUUACGCUGACUUGCUUGAUUUUAAUUCCUUGCUGGUUCCUGUUGGCGUACAACAUUAAGUAUACAAGAUCUGUCAUGAGCUCUGGAUGGGUUCCUCUAAUAGUCGCUAUGAUUAUAACAGUGUGCAGCGGCCUCGUUUUUUCUGAUAUGAUUCAAAUGUAUCCGGGCUUAGCACCUCUGCAACCAGUAUUAAAUGGUGUUGGAGGCAGCCUCGUCUCCGUACAAGCUAGUCGGCUGUCCUCCAUGCUGCACACCACCUGUGAUAUAGGCACUCUACCCCCUAAUACAAGGACUUUUAUAAACCCAUGGACUCUUUUUACCUCUAAAGAAUAUUAUUCAACAACUGUGCGAGUUCUUCUUUUUGCGGUUAUUCCUGGCCAAUUGAUUUUCAUAUCCAUCAUCGGUUACAUCAAAGCCGAAAAAUACACUCCUCUAUUUAUUUUAGCAUACAUUUUAAUCGCCACGCUACAAGUUGUGUUGUUACUAUUUAUUUGUCACAUCCUGACUCAUUUCUUGUGGAGCAAAAAUGCUGAUCCGGACCUGGCCACCAUCCCCUACAUGACGGCUUUGGGAGAUCUUCUAGGUGCUCUGUUUUUAGGUUACACAUUUGAAAUUUUCUCCAUGUGUCGGCUUCAGUAUAGGUACGACUGUCCAUCGAGGGAUAUGUCCCAUUGUUAUUGAUAUCAUAGUUUUUAACAGGCAGAAUUUUUUACUACCGAAGGCGCAGCUUGGAAAAAAUGCAAUUUUAAGAGACCAGCUCGCUUAGCAGUAAAUUAUUUCCUCUUGUAC